CUGAUAAACUAAACUUAACAGCUACACUGGCAGUGAUAGUCAUACUCUUCUUAUAGAACCCGGUAAAAGCCAUCCUCCUAUUUACCUAAGUCUUCCAUGGGCUUAUUUGUCGCUCAUCCUGGCCUUCUCCGCGCUCGUUUUAUGUUGGCCCGCAGUACCCUCUAUCCAUCGCGGAUUAGUCGAAAUCGCUUAACUCAAAUGGCGUCGCAGCUCUCCGACGCAAACGGAGGGCUUUCGUUGACCGAACUCCCUAAGUCCAAUGUCUUCACUUCCAAGCUUCCUCCCGACCCAGCUUUUGAGACCCCUGAGGUGUCACAUCGAGCUCCCCGUGAGACACUCGGCCCACGGUUAGUAAAAGGUGCUUUAUAUACCUUCGUCAGACCUGAGCCGGCGGAGGAGAGCGAACUUCUUGGGGUGAGUCCAAAGGCCAUGAAUGAUCUUGGUUUAAAGCCCGGUGAAGAGCUUUCCCCGAAGUUCAAAGCUUUAGUUGCGGGAAAUGAAUUUUACUGGGAUGAAAAUGAGGGUGGCAUAUAUCCUUGGGCACAAUGUUACGGAGGAUGGCAAUUCGGCUCGUGGGCUGGGCAACUCGGCGACGGACGUGCAAUCAGCCUUUUCGAAACUACAAACCCGAAAACCCGUACUCGCUAUGAGUUACAACUAAAAGGUGCGGGGCGGACUCCUUAUUCCCGCUUCGCCGAUGGAAAGGCUGUGCUUCGCUCUAGCAUCAGGGAAUACAUAGUAUCAGAAGCCCUUUCUGCACUUGGUGUUCCAACCACUCGAGCUUUGUCUAUAACCCUAUUGCCUCAGUCAAAGGUGUUGCGCGAACGUUUGGAGCCCGGAGCUAUAGUUGCUCGAUUUGCUGAAUCGUGGCUGAGGAUCGGAACAUUUGACCUCCUACGGGCACGAGGAGACCGUGAGCUGAUUAGACAAUUGGCGACGUAUGUCGCAGAGGAUGUGUUCCAGGGCUGGGAGGCUUUGCCCGCUAUGCUGCCGUUGGACCAGAGUCAGUCGUCUGAUACUGUAGACAACCCUCCCAGACAUGUAUCUUGGGACCAAGUUGAAGGGCCGCCAGGCUCGGAAGAGAAUCGGUUUGCAAGGUUGUACCGUGAAAUUGCACGACGAAAUGCUAAAACCGUUGCUGCUUGGCAAGCAUAUGGAUUUAUGAACGGGGUGUUGAACACUGACAAUACUUCAAUCUAUGGCCUUUCAUUAGAUUAUGGCCCAUUCGCGUUCAUGGACAACUUCGAUCCUCAGUACACGCCUAACCAUGAUGACCAUCUCCUGAGAUAUUGUUACAAGAACCAACCUAGCAUCAUCUGGUGGAAUCUGGUUAGGCUCGGCGAGUCACUCGGAGAACUCAUUGGUGCAGGUGAAGACGUUGACAAGGAAGAUUUUGUGAGGGAUGGUGUGACAGAGGAAGCCGCGCCUGCCAUCAUUAAACGUGCGGAGGAGAUCAUUGACCGAACAGGCAAGGAGUUCAGGAUGGUGUUCCUGAACGAAUACAAACGCAUCAUGAGCAACAGGCUAGGCUUGCGCAGUCAAAAAGAAACUGACUUCCAAGUAUUGUUUUCGGAACUGCUCGAUACAUUGGAGGCUUUGGAGUUAGACUUCAAUCACUUUUUCCGAAGACUGUCAAACGUAUCGCUAUCGGAUAUAGAGACCAAAGAGAUGAGAGAGAGGAUAGCAUCUAUCUUCUUUCAUAACGAAGGGUUUGGUGGCAUCGGAUACACCGAGGAUUCCGCGAGGCAACGAGUCGGAGAUUGGCUUGACAAGUGGAGACAACGAAUUAUAGAAGACUGGGGCGUUGAUCAAGACUUGGAAAGACAAAGGAUCAUGAAGAGUACAAACCCAAAGUUUCUGCCUCGCGGCUGGAUCCUCGAUGAAGUUAUUGAACGUGUUGAACGCCAUGGAGAUCGAGAGGUACUUGGAAGGGUGAUGCAUAUGGCACUCAAUCCCUUCAAUGAAGAAUGGGGGCAGAAUCAUGAUGAAGAGGAGCGCUUUUGUGGGGAUGUCCCUCGCUUCAAGAGAGCCAUGAUGUGCAGCUGCAGUUCUUGAACGUGCUCCCAUAAACCGCGACCGAUACAAUUAAAGUCCGCGGCGUACGAUGUGUUUAGAAUAAUGGGAUUUUUGAUGCA